AAGAAUUAUUUCAAAGCAAACACUUAUAUUAUUCUUCUUUACAAUCCAAAUAAUCGAAUCCCCAAAGACAACUAUGGCUAUUGAAAAUCCAAGUCACAAAGAUUAUCUCCGGAGGAUGACUUUUGCGGCGUUCUUGAAAUCGAACUCUCUCGCCGGCGAGGAAGAAACUUACCACAGCGACGGCGAUCAUCAUCAUGAUCACCACACAGCGUUUAGCACCAACAGCGAUUCUCAACGUCCAAGCAACGCCUCAAGUGCAAGUAGCGACUCAUCAUCACCAAUCUACCCAUUAUCUCCAUGGAACCAAACUUACUAUCCAAGUAACGAGAACACGACGGCUUUUACAUCAGCUUCUCAAUCACCAUGGAACCAAACUUGCUCUCCUUACCAUAAAUCACCUUGGAUGUACCAAACCAGGAACAGUGAUUUCGAAGAUGAUCCUGAUAACGGUUUGAUCGGUACGGUCGUGAGACAAGAAGGACACGUGUACUCUCUUGCUGCCUCAGGUGAUCUUCUUUUCACGGGAUCCGAUUCCAAGAACAUUCGUGUUUGGAAAGAUUUAAAAGAUUACUCCGGUUUCAAAUCGACGAGCGGUUUCGUUAAGGCUAUCGUGAUAACCAGAGAUAACCGGGUUUUCACCGGUCAUCAAGAUGGUAAAAUUAGGGUUUGGAGAGGCUCAAAGAAGAACCCUGAGAAAUAUUCACGAGUCGGAAGCUUACCGACUCUCAAAGAGUUUCUCACCAAAUCGGUAAACCCGAGAAACUACGUCGAAGUCCGUCGCCGGAAAAACGUGGUGAAGAUCCGACAUUUCGACGCCGUGUCGUGUAUGAGUUUGAACGAAGAUCUCGGUUUACUCUACUCAGGUUCUUGGGACAAGACUCUUAAGGUCUGGAGACUAUCAGAUUCCAAGUGUUUAGAAUCGAUCGAGGCGCACGAAGACGCGGUUAACACGGUGGUUGCCGGAUUCGACGAUUUGGUAUUCACCGGUUCGGCAGACGGAACGUUAAAAGUAUGGAAACGUGAGGUACAAGGAAAAGAAACGAAGCAUGUUUUAGUACAAGUGUUGAUGAAACAAGAGAGCGCUGUAACGGCGUUAGCCGUUAAUUUAACGGACGGCGUGGUUUACUGCGGUUCAUCGGACGGUACCGUGAACAUCUGGGAACGUCAGAAGUAUUUGACUCACAAAGGGACGAUUCACGGCCACCGUAUGGCAGUGUUGUGUCUCACCACCGCCGGGAGUUUGUUAUUAAGCGGCGGAGCUGAUAAGAAUAUAUGCGUUUGGAGGAGAAACGGAGACGGAUCACACACGUGUCUCUCUGUUUUGAUGGAUCACGAAGGACCAGUGAAGUGUAUAACGGCGGUGGAAGAGGACGACGGAGAGAAAGAUGAUCGAAGGUGGAUAGUGUACAGUGGGAGUUUAGACAAUUCCGUCAAAGUGUGGCGCGUGACUGAUUACGCGUCAUAAGCACGUGAAGAAGAGUGAACAACGUAUGCGCGUGAAUGAUACGCGGGACAAUGUGAAUGUGUUAAGCAUUGAUUGGGGUGGCAGGCAACUAGGUAGAUCUUCGUACAAGCGAUGGACAAAUAGCGAACUGCCACGUUACAAGUGGUUUUGUCUUCUUGUCGAAAGUGUGAAAAAGUCUUUGUCUCCUUUUGCUUUGUUGGUGUGUUAAGAUUUUGUUUCUCUGACUAAUUUCGCAUGCAUGUAUUUUUAAAAUCAUGUGAAACUAUAAGAGGAAAGAAGGUGGAGAAAGAAUGGAAAGUAAAAGAUUUCGCUAUAAGGAGAAACAAAAAAAAAUGUAAUAAAAUGAGAUUGUAUAUAAAAGUUAGUUGUUUGUA